CCGAUAUUGAUUAUUGGAUGAUAAAUGACCUUAGGGAGACCUAUUAUCCAAAGCUGUGCAGUACUGUCUGCAAAUGACCUAUAGAGUUUCAGGACUGUUGCAGAGGAGCGGCAAAAUAUUAAAAGGAUGUUAUUACGGCACCUUGAAGCUUGCAGUAGAUGGCAGUAUAAAGCGUGCCAAACCACCUAAUUAUGAUUUCUUUAGCUCUGGAAAUAAUUACCUAAGAUUCCUAUUUGAUAAUACUAAAACUAUGGAUCGAUUUAACGAUAAUUCAAAAGUAAUAGUGGUCGAAGGUAAUAUUGCCUCCGGAAAAUCUAACGUCGCUGCUAAGUUGGCUAAAUAUCUUGAUAUGGAGUAUUUUCCUGACCCAACUGAAGACGACAUAUAUGUUUAUAGAAAUGUGGAGCCAAAUUUUGAUAUUCGCUGUCACAACUUUUUGCUUCCUGAUUAUGCAAAAUACUAUACAUGUGAAAUGUUUUGGAAUGAACCGGAUCUCAUAAAUAAAGGAAAAGGACUAUAUCUUCAAUACCAUUUCUACUUAAGACGUUAUUGGAAUUACUUAAGGGCAUUAUGUCAUUUAUUUAAUACAGGUACACUUCAAAUAUGUACUAUCCUCUUCCUCAGGUCAAGGCGUUGUGAUUGACCGAAGUCCGUUUUCAGAGUUUAUAUUCGCUGAAGCCAUGCAUAAGUGCAAUUAUUUGUCAGAACGGGGAUUAUUAUGGUUCAAACAAAAUCACACGAUGACUAUAAACAACCUCUGGAAACCGCAUCUACUAGUGUACAUCAAGGCUCCUAUUAAGCAAAUACGUGAAAAAAUAAAGAAACGUAAUAUC